AUGUUGUAUUUACUACGGUGUAGUAAAUAUAACAUACCGGAUCGUGGUACCGUAAUGAAUAUAACAUGUCAUAGAACAGCAGUGAAUAUAACAUAUCGUACAAUAACAUACAGUAAUAGAUAUGAUAUACUGUACCAUUCUAAUGUAAUAACAGAUGAGCAUGCAGAAGCUAUAGCAAGCUUAUCAUUGACGCAUACAUAUUUGAUUAGUAGCGGAAUGCUUUUUAGUUGUUGCAUUUUACCGCUUCUUUAUUUUUGGUUUUGUCGCCCUAUGAUAUGUAAAUAUUUCACAAGCAUUAGAAUGUUAAAAGGUGACAAAUUAACACUGGAGGAAACACAAGUAGAUGAAGUUGAAUUAACGGAAUUUGUGCCUGAUGAAGCACCAGAUCGUGUAAACAUUCGACGUGAUCCACUUUUCGAUGAUGUAAAAAUUAAGGCAUUUCAUCGAAGGCGUCAUCAUCUAUUAAGGCCACCACAUCGACGACAACAGCAAAAUGGUAAAAAACAUUUAUCAAAUAAUAAAUCAGAAAAAGAGAAAGAAAAAAAUAGAAGAUCAGCUAAUACAGCGGAAGAAAAAGGUUCACAGAUGGCAGAAAACAGUGCUCAUCGAAGUGGCAAAGAACAAUUGACGUCAACUGAAAUUACGUUUUCCCAUCAAACGCAACUUCACGCUCUCUAA